AUGUCGUUCAAUACAGAAGAGUUUAUUAGUGCUGUUCAGGCUAGAACUCCUAUUUGGCAAAGUAAACACAGUCAUCAUAUGAACAGAAAUGUUCUCAAUAAGCUAUGGAAGGAAAUUGCUGGAUUGUUUCCUGAUAUGGAGGAAAAGGCUUUAAGGAAAAAAUGGAAGAACAUUCGGGACCAAUUUAUGAAAGAAUUUAAGAAAAUUCCAGUUUCUCGUUCUGGUGAUGCUGGAACAGAUCAAAACACGUCAAUGUGGCCAUAUUUUCAAAUGAUGCUGUUUAUAAAAGAUGACAUUACCCCAGAAAUAAAUGAAGGCAAUUUAGAUGAAACUACUGAUGAAAACUGCAAUAAUAAUGAUGAUGAUUAUGAGCGGUCCUCAACUCCCCAAUCCAUAGCUGGUGCAUCUUCAAGUACACAAUAUACGAGCACCAAACGUAAAUGUGCACAAGAUGUAAGACAGGAAUUUAUGGAAUUGGAGAAGAAAAAGUUGGAAUUAUUACAAAUUAAACUGUCACAAAGCAGCGAAAGACAAGAACAAGAUUGCGAAGAUCUGUUAUUUUUUAAAAGUUUGUUGCCGUACAUGAAAGACUUAUCUCCUAUGCAAAAACUACGUGUUAGAAACAAUAUAACACAAGUUAUUAUGGAUGAAAUGAAUAGUGGCAUGACUCAGUCCUACCAUGGAUACAAUACAUACGAUUAUAACACAACUAAUUAUGGAAAUUAAACUUUGUAUUAUUGAUAACGAUAAUGUAAAUUACUUAAAUAAAAUAAUAAAGAGGAGUUUGAAUUUGAAUGACUGCAAUAUGUACCCCGAUAAAAAUGAUAAUUUACUUACUAUGAAAAUUCUUUUUUUAAACUCACCUUAUAG